AUGAAGUGCCUCGUAAAAGGCUGCGGGCGGGUGCUCCGUAAAGGUGAUGCCAGCGUCACAUUUCAUCGCGUGCCUACCAAGGAGCCACUGCGAAGUCACUGGCUGGAGGCACUUGGAAUGAGCAGCGACACCCGCCUACCGGGAGUCGAACGUGUGUGCUCCGACCAUUUCUCGGCGGAGUCGUACUUGUCGUGGGACGUCUCCAAGAAAAUGGGCUUUGAGCUAAAACGUAAGCGCCUGAGCGACGAUUCGGUCCCGUCACUUCACAUGGGCGCCGCACCUACUGCAGUGGGCAAGCGGCGCAGGACGGAUGAUCCAGAAACACCGGCAACAUGCAAGGAGGACAUGAGAACAGAUCAUGGUCCAGAACACACCAUUGUGCUGUCUGGGCAAGACUUGGCAGUCAGCCCCAUUGAAAUCGUGCCUGUUGAGGAGGAUGUACCCGACUCUCUACGUUGUUCUGAGCUCCAGCACACAGCUAGCAGCGAUCAUGGGAACAGCAUAUCUCUGGCAUCUGCUGAUCACACAUACAGCAUCGAAAAAAAGUUGAAAAACAAAGGUGAGCACUGCUUACAUCCUGCCUUCUACACAAGUGAACGUCUGCACGAAAGAGUCAAAAGAAACCCAAACAGACCCGUGGCAACCAGCACCUGCGCCACCAGACGCAAGUUCUGCUCCAACCACCACAGAGCCAACACCUGUGCUGCCAUGUGCAAGUCCUGCGCCACCUGCUAUGGAGCCACUACUUGCGCCGCCAUCGACUACCAAGAGGGCAAGCAAGGAAAGUUUCUUUGA